AUGACCUUUUCGACUCGGACUUGUCAAAAGAUCCGCAACAGAAACGAAGCCCGAGUCCUCCAGGACAUUUCUCGGCUCAUUGUCCCUUCUGCCGAGAGUCUUACGACAUACGGUGCUGAGCACCUCGAGAUCCUAUCGGAGAGUGUCAACGAAGGCUGGAACAACUCGAUCCCUCUGACUGGGACGCUUUAUGGCCACCUACUACAUGUACUUUCCUUCCUCGCGUGUGAGGUCAAGUGCGGAGCUGCCGUACUGGAUGUUGCGGACCGCCAGAAUGCUCACAGCAUGACUCUCGCGGCACGAGGUAUCGUCGAGCUCUUCCGUCUUGUGAAGCGAGAGAAUGAGGUUCACCGACAGAUCCUUUCUUUCUAUGUCUCACACGAUCACCGGUCGGUGCGGAGCUAUAGCUACUACCCGGUGAUCGAUGGGAAGGAUGCGAAGUACUACCGCCAGCCUGUCCACGAGUUUUCCUUCGCGGCGCUCGAAGGCAAGGAUAAAUGGACUGCAUAUCAGUUCACCAAGAAUGCCAUCGACCAGUUGACCUCCCAGGUGGACUUUGACGUCCAAGCGCUUUCCGAGUCGACCGGCCUCUCUCAGCGAUUGGAGAAUCUUGCGCGGCCGACGGACUCUGCACCGCUACUUGUAGAGGAUGAGGAUCAGGCUAGCAAGGCUUACCAGAUGGACACUCCGGCUACGUCCUUUUCGAAAAUAGAGCUUGCGAAAAGGAGGAAGAGGUUCCUACGAGACUCUGCACCCCAUAUGUAG